GCGGCGGUAUCGUCCUGCCUCCUCGCGCCUAGCUGCCGCUGAGCAAGCUUUGCGCACACACGGAGUUCGCGCAUCUGGUCGUCAUCAGCAGCAGCUCUUCCUUCUCAGAUGUGACUCAACCCGAGUGGGAACACAGCUUGUUUUGCUAAUCAGAGGACUUCUCGGAAAAAAGAGACUGUUUCUCUCUCUCCUGCAGCAGGACACGCUGAGGUUUCUCUUGUUUUGCAGUUGACGCGCGCCGCUGGAUGGAUUGUCUGUAGGGUUUGAUCGGGAACAUCGGGCGUGGAGAAAACUUUGCUGAAGUUUGUUUGAGCCCCGCGCGGCUGAUCUGGAUGUGAGCAGACCUGAAUUCUGCUCGGAACAAACCGAGUCUCUCUCUGUGUUUCUGGAGAAUCUUCUCGGAUUCUGCAUGCACGGAUCUUCUUCUUCUUCUCUUUCUUCUUAAUUUCGCUGCGUUUUUUUCGCUGUCAACCACUUGCGUCAUGACUUCUAGCUAUGCACAUGUAAUGGACAGGCAAGCCUCGCUAUCAAACCGGCUGGAGAGUCCGAUCACGUCUAACCUGGACAACCUACAAGCCAAAAAGAACUUCUCGGUCAGCCACCUGCUGGAUCUGGAGGAGGCCGGGGAAAUGGUCGGCACCCAGGCGGACGAGAGCGUCGGGGAGGCGGGGAGGAGUAUGCUGGAGUCCCCAGGGAUGACCAGCGGGAGUGACACGACCCAGCAGGAGAAUGAGCAGAUGAACACGGAGGAGAAGAAGAAGAGGAAGCAGCGCAGGAACAGGACCACCUUUAACAGCAGCCAGCUGCAGGCUCUGGAGAGAGUGUUUGAGAGGACACACUACCCCGACGCCUUCGUCAGGGAGGACCUCGCCCGCCGGGUCAACCUCACCGAGGCCAGAGUCCAGGUUUGGUUCCAGAACAGGAGGGCUAAGUUUCGCAGGAACGAGCGCGCCAUGCUGGCCAGCAAAAACGCUUCUCUCCUCAAGUCUUACUCCGGAGACGUGACGGCGGUGGAGCAGCCUAUUGUCCCCCGUCCUGCACCGCGCCCAAACGACUACCUGUCCUGGGGAAGCGCCGCCCCCUACAGUCCCAUCACUCCCCUCUGUCAGCAUGAGCAGGGCGGGCCCAGAUCCUGUGACCCUCCUGACGAGCGCCAUGGCCACCUACCCGCCCACCUGCUCCAACACCAACACGUCCCAGGGCAUGAACAUGGCCAACAGCAUCGCCAACCUGCGGCUCAAAGCCAAGGAGUACAGCUUGAACCAAGUGCCCACGGUCAACUGAGAGGAGGAGAGGCCAGGGGCUGGUGCAGGAGGGGUGGUGGACCUUUCGGCCGCUGGACCCCUGCAGACGCACACCGUCUCUGGGUCGAGCAUCAUCUUACGUACCCUGGAUAAUGAAGCCUCCUCCUCUUCCUGGAGCAGCAAUAAUACACCUAUAUGCAAAUUGUUGGACCCCGAGUGAUAUCAGGAUUUUCCCUAAGCCACCUUUUUUAUUCUCCUGAGCAUCACUGAACUCUUGUUUGUACAAAGAGACACAUAAACUGGAAGCUGUAGCCAAAUAUCUGCCUAGUUUUACUUUUGUGAUUGUGACUGAAAUGGAAGGAGAGUUUUUCAACGUUUUCUUUUUCCUUUUCAAUCGAAGAACUUGUUCUCGACGGAGACUCGUAUUUGGACUACAUGGAAUUCCCUUUAUCCCUUUGGCUGUGGUUUGGAUAAAAUGACAUAGCUUAUUUGGGAUCAACAACACUUUUUAUUUUACCCUCUUCUAAAACCAACAACAAACUGACAAGGACUUCCUCGGACAUUUAUGCAAUUAAAAAAAAAAAGAUAGUUUUGUUUUUCCACAUUUUCUUUUCCAUGCUAUACCACUGACGAGCAAACACUUUCAACGCAUUUUGAUUUUCAUGUAAUAGUCCAAUAUAAAGGAGAGGCUAAUGUAUUUCUGAAUCCAAAACCAUCUCUUAAUUUCCUAUGAUAUCCUUUAUUUGUAACAGAAUAAAAAUGUGUAUAUUAAUAAAAAAUGCAUUUCAAGCAA